AUGUACAGGUUCGCUAAAGCCGCGGUGAACAUCACCGCAGGUCAAGCUGCACGACAAGUGAGGCACGGUUCGACCGCUCCCCAAGACUUCCACUCGAAGUAUGGUACCGGUUUGUUGGUUGGCGGUUUUGUGUUCUGCACAGCAGUGUGGUCAUACGUGUUGACUCAGGCUGGCAUCACCUGGAAUCUGUCCCCUGUUGGGAGGGUCAUGCCCAAACCAUGGAGAGAGACUGAGGAGUAG